UUUCUGCUCUCAGAAGCAUUUGCAUCAAGGCCAGGAGAUUAAACGUGUGGGUUGGGAACUGGUGAGAGUGUGUUGUCUCGCUUGGGGCCCCCGAUGCCAGAGUUCUAGCUUUCAUCACACUGGGUGAAAGAUUUCUCCUGGACGAUUCACUCUCUGGCUACAGGCUCCAUGUUCAGUGCGGUUGUGCUGGUGCUUUGCUGCCUGCUGCAGAUGAAACUAGUGACCACAGAGGGGCAUCGUGGGACCAACCGCCAUGUCUUCUAUGCAGUGCAAAUGGACGGAGGCAUCAGUGCCGCCAGGGCUCUGGCCGAGCAGCACGGACUGGAGUUCAUACAACAGGUUGGCAGCCUGGAAGGUCUGUACACCCUCAGAGACAGCAGGGGGCGCAAUGACAGAGCCACCUUUGAGAACAGACUUUCGACCACAUUAGGGGUUCACCGGGUGCAGAGGCAGCACAGUCAUUAUAGAGACAAGCGGGUUCCUGUGACAGGGCUGGACCACAGUACCACUCACAGUUCCCAGAGGAGAGAGUCUGCAACUGACAGACAGCCUGAGGAGAAUGAGAGUGACCAGUCCCUCACCUUCAAUGACCCGCUCUGGCCCAUGCAGUGGGAACUGUUUGCACAGGGCGAGUACAUCUCCAGUGGCUUUGACCUGAACGUGAUGCCAGUUUGGAGCAACAACAUCACUGGUAAUGGAGUCGUGGUCAGCAUCAUUGAUGAUGGUGUAGAUCACACAAACAAGGACCUGAAGAAAAACUUUGAGGCUCUCGCCAGUUUUGACCUGCGUUCUUCACACGGCCUGUCUCAUGAUCCCAUGCCCGUCAGAGAUGAGGAGAAUAGUCACGGUACCCGAUGUGCAGGGGAAGUUGCCAUGGAGGCCAACAACUCCUACUGCGGUGUGGGCAUCGCCUUCAAUGCCAGGAUCGGAGGUAUCCGCCUGUUGGACGGCUCCGUCACUGAUGCCAUGGAGGCCACAGCGCUGACCUUCAACAUCCCCUUCAUAGACAUCUACGUCUGCAGUUGGGGCCCGCGGGACGACGGGGCCGCGAUGGACGGGCCGCACAGCCUGACAGCGCAAGCCCUUCGGCUAGGAACUCGCAAGGGCCGAGGUGGGAAGGGCAGCGUCUUUGUGUGGGCGGCAGGUAAUGGUGGAAUGCAGCGUGACCACUGCGGUGCCGACGGUUAUGUGAACUCCAUAUACACCGUUGCCAUCGGCGCUGUCUCUCAAACAGGGAAGCCCACCUUCUUCGGUGAGCCGUGCCCCGGUGUGAUGGCCGUCACUCUGACAGGGGCCGGCGUGGGAGGCCCACUACCUCUGGUCACUGUGACCACCAUCGAUGAUGGCUGUGUAACACACUUUCCAGGAACAUCCAGUGCGGCUCCGAUCGCUGCAGGGAUUCUGGCUCUUGUGUUAGAAGUAAAUCCUAAGCUGACGUGGAGGGAUGUUCAGCAUCUGAUCGCCAAGACAGCAAAGAUCCCCGACCCCAAAGAGCCUGGAUGGAACAUCAACGCAGCAGGAUACCAUGUUCACCAUAGGUAUGGUUUUGGAUUGUUGGAUGCAGGGCUGAUGGUGCAGCAGGCUGCACGCUUCAACACUGUUGCGCCACAGAGGAAGUGCAUGCAAGAAGUCACACUCCAUCCUAGCAGGAUCGUUUCUCCAGGAGGUGUGGUCAGUGUGAACAUCCAAUCAGAUGCCUGCCGUUGGAGGACUAAUGAGAUCAACACUCUGGAGCACGUUCAGGUGAAAGUGAGCAUCAGCACCGUGUGUCGCGGUGACCUCUCUGUAAGCCUGGAGUCUCCAGCCGGCACUGUGUCACUGCUGUUGGACACACGGCCCAAUGACGCCUCCACGGCUGGCCUGAAAAACUGGACCCUGAUGACGGUGCACUGCUGGGGGGAGCAACCACGAGGCCUCUGGACCCUCCAGGUGACUGACCACAAAGGCACCGUGAGGAGCUGUAUGAGGCCGAGUGACGAGGAGGCAUCCGGAGCCUGGCUCCGUAAAGUUACACUCAUCCUCUACGGCACCUACCACCCACACAGGACCACGCACGAGGGACCCCUGCAGAGCAUUGUGUCCAUGGGGUCGCGUCACCCCGUCCCUCACAGGGGGGUGUACCACAGGGACCGUUACCAACCUCUGGACCUGAUUCAAUGGGUCUACCAAAUGGAGAGAGACAGGAAGGUGCGGGCUGCUGAUAUCACUGUGCCAGCCAGACACGAGAUUCCUGGAGACUUAAUGUUGGAUAAGCAGACCCUCAACAAGCCCCUAAAGUCCAGAAUGGCUUUCCAGUUACACCAGACAGAUGUUGGACAGAAGUCCUCCACGGGGUCAGGACCCUCUGCCGUGAAGGAGCUUCAUGAGACAAAGACCAUCAGGGAUAAUGUGGACGGAGACAACAGGUCCUUACCGUCACAGAUUCUCCAGGAUGUCGCCAACAGUCAGCCUCUUCAGAUCCAGCAGGAGGAGAGCGUGUGAGCUGGAAGGCACAGGGCAGCAGGGUGGUCUCUUCAUCCAGGGCCUCAAAGAGGGACAGAAUACACCUCCCCACUACAAUGGAGGGGACCCACAGGGGCUGUUGCUAUCUGUGUGUGUGUGUGUGUGUGUGUGUGUGUGUGUGUGUGUGUGUGUGUGUGUGUGGAGGUGCAGCUUUAAGCAGGCCUUUGAGUGGCCUAAUUGCAUUGGAAUACAGCAGUCUGAGAGCUGGCUCAGAUCACGGCGGGCUGCUGGAGGGGUUAGCGCCCGCACCUCGACAGCCACACUCAGCAAAAGAGCCCCGGCACAAUGCACACAAUUAAUGCUCUCCCUCUCGUUAACUCUCUCCCCACUUUUUGUCCUCUUCUACUUUUCUCUCAUUCUCCUCCUUCUCACCCCCAUAUCUUAGUCUCUCUCCUCUCUUGUUCCCCCCUCCCUCCCUCCCCAGUAUGUAGUCACUCACCCACUGUAUUAAUCCUCCCAUACAGCCUGUCAAUCUCCCUCCCUUUGAUGCACACAACAAUUACAGUAAGGAUGAAAUGCGUGGGUCGGCUCUCGUUAUGUAAGACUUGAGCCGAGCCUGCACAAGAAUUAUUGAUAUCUGAACGGCUAAUCUGAAAUAAAACCUCAACAACAUGACAUCUCUGUUAUUACAUAGCAGCAAUGGAUCUGCGCAUGAUUUAAAAGUAUUGAAUGUUUUAUGUUUCAUACUGUAUGUCUUGUAUGUAUUUAUUCCGCAGUGUACAAUGCAAACUACUUUGUUAUAACCCAGGAUAUCUUUAAUUUCCAGGAUACAAUCUUGUAGAUGAAAGGAGAUUGGUUCAGUUCUUUUGGUUUUUUGAUGUGGUAUCUGGUCUGGAAUGAGACAAACAAGUCAAAGUUGUGGUAGAUGCAAAAAACAAACAAAAUUGUUCCCUAAAGAUUAGACUGUAAUAAACCAAUAAUUCUAACAGGGACUAUUUUGUGUCUUUGAGGCACUAAACGCUAAAUUGUUAAACAUCUUAUUGUACCUCAUUGGAUUAUAUCUCCUAUUGUUAUAGUCCAGAUAUCAUAACGAUAUUUAAUAGGGGCAAAUACCUAUUCAUAUAGUUAAUUAGAAAUGAAACAAUUAGUUGAUCGACAGACUUUAUCUGCAACAAUUUUAAUAAUUAAGUCAUUUUUUAGGUCUAAGAUUCAAGCUUCUCAAAUUUGCUGAUAUAUGAUAAUAAACUGAAUAUCUUUGGGUUUGGGACUGUUGGUUGGACACAAGCAAUUAAAGAUCCCCUCCAGACAUGUUUUAGAACAAAAAUACUGUGCUUGGAAUAAUAAGUGGUGUCCCAUGUGUUUUUUCCACACACAAAAAAACAUUGAAUUACCUCGUUAAGAAAUCUUAAAAUGACAUCUAGUCUUUCUCCAUCAUUGGAAAACAUACAGAAGCUAAAAAAUAUGCCAAUAGUUUUUUUUAUUUGCAAACUUUACCAACAGAAUUAGACACAGUAUGUCUCCAACUUCACUGAAAAGUGUGUUCUCAUUGUAUAUGCUUCACGUUUCCACAUCACUUUUGUGUAAGUUGCAUAUUGGACCAUGACUGGCUCCAAACUAGUUGUGAUGUCACAAAAAUCUUCUCGAACAUCCAGGCGUUAAACUGAGAUUCAAGGUGAGUUGAGAGAAACUUCCCUUCGGCAGAUAAAAGCCAGUCAAACUCUGCACAGUGAAGCUCAAACAUCCAAGCCAGGUAACAAUAAGUAAAACAUAUUUUUGACUGGAGGGGGGACUUUAAAUGUGUCAUCUUGGGUUCUGGGAAAUAUGGACUGGCAAUGUUCACUGAUUAUAUGAUUAAUUUAGUUAGUUGCAGCAUUACAGUCAUUUUGCAGGGCAUUUUGUAUAGCAUCCUUCUAAAGUUAUAACAAAUGGACUAUAUUUCUGUCAGAAGGGUUGAGAACAUAAGUUACUGUAUCUUCCUCCUACAGUAGACAGUGGACAGUUCAUUAUAUGGGUUAAUAUAGUCAGACGGAUAGCAGCCUCUUUACUUCUAGUUUGGACUCAACUGUCCUUGUCUUUAAAUGGGGCUCAGUGGACUGUGUGUGUGGAACAAUCAACGAUUUAAAAAAAUAUCAUAUUCAACCAGCCCCUCCUUUGAUUUUCUUUAUUACGCGAGCCGUGUCUUAAUAAAAUCUAAUUAUUUCCGCUCACAGGACGCUUUCUGGUGAGAAAUUGGCAGAGGGAUGUGAGCUGAUGUAUGGGGAGACUGUCGCCUAAUUAAAGCGUUAGAAAUUGAAUCCUUACAGCACACGGUUCAUAUAAUUAUCCUACUGUUAAUUUAACGCUUACAUUCUCGGCUGUUCAUUUUUAUUCCCUUAAAUGUAGUUUGGCAGCGGCCCUCGGUGCUCAGCACUGUGUUUUUACUGUAUGAGAGGAGGCAGCAUGGCCCCUAACAUUGGCCCCUCUGAGUGAUUGAAUAACUGAGGACCCUGCAGUCCAAAUAACAAGGCUCGCAUCAUUUAUGCAUUGUUAAGCCAUGUAAUUGAAACGAGCCAUAGUUUGCAUAUUACACCAUUAAAAUAAUGUGCUUUGCGUUUCUCCCAACACGACUAUUUAAGCCUGUGUGGCGAUGUGGUAAUUCCUUGAAUUACAGCCUAAUUACCACAAUGUUCUUUUGAUUUGGCCGAUUCCAAUGUUACGCCACAAUAAUGUUCAAUAUUACCAGAAUGAAUUACUGAGCCGUGCCUGGAAACUUUUCCUCGUAUGACUUAAAUCCUGGCAGCUUCAUGUGAUAUCAGUGCAGCUGGAUUCACAUCCAUAAAGGAUUAUUAGCCUAUGAAAUGAGAUCCAUUAAAGGCCCAAUCAGUAAUACUUAAUUGGAGAGCUUGAGUUAUACAUGGAUAAUAAGCAUUUUGGGUUUCUCAGCUGAUCAUCAUAGGCCUGGUUUAUAUCACUGUUUACAGAUGUUUUAAUGUAAACAGACCAACAACAUCAGAAAACAUUGCAGACUUAUGAUUACUGUUAAAAAGACUUGUCUGUUAAUAAUAAGUCAUAACUAUUUCCAACCUUAUAUUUAAAAUGUUGGUACAUUUUGGUUGCCAAUUGGGCCUUCAAUGGAUGAAUAUAACAUAUUUCUUUUAUAUUCUAUGCGUUUGAUAUACACUUUCCUGUCCCUAUAUUUCAAGAUGGUUGCAUUUGAUAUUUUAUUCAUGUUUGUUAGUAACAUCAGAGAUAAAUAUUGUCUAUUUUGGCUACUUAAGCAGCAUCAAGACAAAAGAAAAGUUGAAGAACAACUUAAAUCAGUGUCAUCAAAAUCCAAUUCAGGUCACAUAAAGCAGGGUUAGAGAACAAUUUGUCAUUAGCACUUGCCCUUUGUUGUGUGCUCCUGUAUUGUUCACAGUCCUCAGUCCGUACACAUGACAUGUGUCCCUGUGUGAACCUUCCGAAUAAAUUAACAUGGCUAAGAA